GCAGUGUGCUGAGGACGCCAGCAUGGUGCCCGGGAAGUGGGCUUGUGCGGUCCUGCUGCUGCAGCUCUGCUGUGCUGGCUGUGGAUCCUGUGGGAAGGUGCUGGUGUGGCCCUGUGAAAUGAGCCACUGGCUCAACUUGAAGACUCUUCUUGAGGAACUUGUGAAAAGAGGACAUGAGGUGACAGUUCUGACUCCUUCACACAGUUUUUUCGUUGACUACAGCAAGCCUUCUGCAUUUCAUUUUGAAGUGAUCCCUGUACCAACUGACAAAAAUGUUUCUGAGAAUGCGAUGAAUGAGUUUAUCGAAAUAGCUGUGAAUGUCAUGCCAACACUGCCACUCUGGCAAUCAGGAAGACUACUGCAUAAAUUCUUUCUUCAAGCAUCUGAAGAUUUGAAAUUUCUCUGUGCAAAUACAGUCUACAACCAUUCGCUCAUGAAGAAGCUCCAGGAAUCCACAUAUGAUGUAUUAAUUACAGACCCUGUGAUGCCCUGUGGGGAGCUGGUGGCUGAGAUGCUUGGGAUCCCUUUUGUGAACACGCUAAGGUUCUUCAUGGGCUACACCAUAGAGAAACACUGUGGGCAGCUUCCAGCUCCACCUUCCUAUGUGCCUGUUCCCAUGGGAGGACUCACAAGCAGAAUGACUUUUAUGGAAAGGGUGAAAAAUCUAGUGCUUUCCUUUUUGUUUGACUUCUGGUUCCAGCAGUAUGACUUUCAGGUUUGGGAUCAGUUUUACAGUGAAGCAUUAGGAAGGCCCACUACACUAUGUGAGAUCAUGGGUAAAGCUGAAAUCUGGCUUAUUCGGACAUACUGGGAUAUUGAAUUUCCUCGUCCAUACCUGCCUAACUUUGAAUUUGUUGGAGGAAUGCACUGCAAACCUGCCAAACCUCUACCUCCGGAAAUGGAAGAAUUUGUCCAGAGUUCAGGUGAAGAUGGUGUUGUGGUGUUUUCUCUGGGGUCCAUGGUGAAAAACCUCACAGAGGAAAAAGCCAACCUCAUUGCCUCAGCCNGACAGCAUUGUCCUCCACAGGUUUUAUGGAGAUACAAGGGAAAGGAGCCAGCCACGUUAGGACCCAAUACUCGGCUGUUUGAUUGGAUUCCCCAGAACGACCUUCUUGGCCACCCCAAAACCAAAGCUUUCAUCACUCAUGGUGGAACCAAUGGGAUCUAUGAAGCUAUUUAUCACGGGGUCCCCAUGGUGGGAGUCCCCCUAUUUGGAGAUCAGCCUGACAACAUCGCUCAUAUGAAGGCCAAAGGAGCAGCCGUGGAGGUCAACAUGAACACAAUGACAAGUGCAGACCUGCUGGGUGCCUUGAGAGCAGUCAUCAACGACCCUUCUUAUAAAGAGAAUGCCAUGAGGUUAUCAAGAAUUCACCGUGACCAGCCAAUGAAGCCCCUGGACCGAGCAGUCUUCUGGGUCGAGUUUGUCAUGCGCCACAAAGGAGCCAAUCACCUGCGGGUUGCAGCCCACGACCUCUCCUGGUUCCAGUACCACUCUUUGGAUGUGAUUGGGUUCCUGCUGGCCUGUGUAAUAACUGCUAUGUUGUUGGUCACAAAGUGUUGCUUAUUUUCCUACCAUAAAUUUAUUAAGACAGGAAAGAGCAUAAAGAGGGACUAGAUCUUUGUAAGCUUA